AUGUGCCUCGACAAGGAUGUUACAAAACUAAGUGUUGUUCAUUACCUUGCCAAAUCAGCACCAUAUGAACCCUUUAUGUUGGUAUUGCCUCUCCUUUAUCAGAUUCUUUCACUAUUCACCACUCAUGCAUUUGAAGCCUCCCUCUAUAGUAAUAGACAGAAGAAGUCUUCCUCCAGUUUCUUUUCCAUUUUCAACAUCUUCUCAUCUAAGAAGCCCAGAGGAGGGUACCAUGAUGCCCCUGAUUCCAGCCGCAGGGUGUGGCCUAGUGAUUAUGAUAGAGAUAACUGGGGUGUUGCUGAGCCAAAUAUUGAUAUGAAAGCUGAAGCUUUCAUUGCCAAGUACAAGAAGCGUGUUUCAGAAUCUGAACUCUAUCAACUUGAUCCUGCUGCUGAAAAUGCAUAA